AUGCAUUUUUAUCAAAUUUUUAUUUUUGUUACAUUGUUAACAUUAUCCUUAACAAGAUGUAGUGUAUUUCCUUAUGAAGAAAUGCCAUCAGAAUUUAGAGAAUUGAUUCCAAAAGAUUUAUAUGACAUUUAUUUUAAUUUAACAACUGAAGAUCGUAUUGUAAUCCUUCAAACAGUACUUGAAAAAAAUCGUCUUUCAACAUUUGACAAAGUUGUAUCUUUUAUUAAAAGGAGAAGACCAAUAUUUGGUAAAAAUUUAGAAGAAUAUGUUAGAAAAUUAACUAGAUCAAUUAAAAAUUUAUCCAAUGAAUCAAAAAUAUUUUUAAAACAAUUUUCUCAACAAUUUCUUGAUAUUAUUCCAGACAGAGAGGAAGCCAUCAAUUUUGAUAGAUAUAAAAGUUUUCAAAAUAAGUUUACAAAAAAGUUUAAUUCAUUAAAUAAUCAUUCAAAACAAGAAAUAAUAAAAACUGUACCAAUGAUUCAACUUGUUAUAGAUAAAGAUGCUUUAAGUAAAAUGAUCAAUUUAUUAAUCGUUGAUAAUUAA